CGGUCGCGCAUCGAGCAGACGACGCGCCUUCGGCCUCGUGCGCGCAGCGCGAGCGGCAUCGCCUGCUCUAGUAGUCCUCUGUGCUUCCGCCUUUCUCUCUCUAUUUCUACAACUCUAUUCACUGGACCUUAGCCAACGCCGCCAGUGUUAACGCUGUUUACUCGCUGUCUAGCUAGACGCGCGAAGAAGCUUCCCUGUCCCAACGUGAACGUCGCGACAGUGUUUGUCUGCGGCGGCGCGGACUCGCAAGAACUCGCCGCCUUAAAGUGUGCCGACUGUCUCGCGACUAGUACUGUGUGUUCUGCGACAGCGUCGUGCGUGGACAUUUCUGCGGAUUGAUCUACUCUCCUAGCUGUGCAACGUUCCACGCCUUACAGCCAUCCUCCAUCAAGAGAAAGCUUUUCUUUUUUUGGCUUCUCAGCACGGCUUUUCUGUCAUGUAUUCAAGGAUUUCGCUCUUCACCGCGGUCUACUUUACCGCCUUCGGACCUUACGUCACAUCCGAGGGCCUAGUGCCCGAUCUUUGCAACCUUAUCGACCAACCCAUGUACUGCCGUUGUGACACCGCCGACAUCACGGAGGAAGUGACUGAGGUUACGUGCUACGUGGGCCGCAAGCUGCCACCUGAUCACAUCGUCUUCGAAUCCUUCAAGCGCCAGCCUGCCAUUACCGCUGUAGCGUUCAAUGCCUUCGGCAGCGACUACAAGCUUGAAUUCGUCCCAACGCAAGCUUUGCGCCACACGCCGCACGUAGAGCGGCUAAAGGUCUCGCAAGCGGAGCUCGGGGACGUCAAGCCUCACUCGUUCCACAACCUCUCGCGUCUCGUCGUGCUCUCACUGGACUCGAACGAGAUUACGAGCUUGGACGCCGACGCCAUCGCGGACCUUCCCCGCCUGAAGAAGCUCGAGCUCGGAGACAACAAGCUGAGGAGGCUGCGCGCCGGCUCUCUGAAGAACCUUCCUUCCCUGACGCACCUGUUCCUCGAGCGCAACCAGCUGGAGGUGGUCGACGACGGCGCGUUCGAGGACCUGGGCGCCCUGCGGGAGCUGGAGUUGAGCGACAACGCCAUCGAGAAACUGGGCGAGCAGAGCUUCCGCGGCCUGGGGCGCGUCGCCAGGCUCGACCUGUUCCGCAACAAGCUGACGCGGCUCGAGGCCCGCGUGUUCAGAGGCAUGCCCCAGCUGGCCGAGCUGGACCUCAAGUACAACGCGCUGUCCGAGGUCGACCCGCUGGCCUUCGAGGGGCUGCCGCAGCUGACCGUGCUCUACAUGUCGUACAACCGGCUGCGCGUGCUGCCCGCGCACAUGUUCCGCGGGGCUCCCAACCUGGUGUCCGUGGACCUGUCGCAGAACCAGCUGCUCACGCUUACCUGGAGGACGGUCCAGGACCUGGCGAAAAUCGACGCCGAGUCCUUCGACAUGAGCCUCACUGGCAACAAGUUCAGCUGUGACUGCCGGCUGUCCUGGAUACUGCACCUGGAAAACGCCACGCGCAACGCCAAAUUCCGUCGCGAACUGCGCCACGUCAAGUGCGAGUUUGAAAGUCCCGCUGCCGCACCAGUAAACAUGACUGCCAACAACAAGGUAGUCCGGCUAAGCCUGAAACAGCUAGGAUGCGCUGAGGACUACGAGAGACCGGCAGUGGGCACAAGACAUCAAACGACGACUCUGCCGCCUGCGCGUCGUCCGCAUGAUGACGACGAUGACGAAGCUGGCGGCCUGGGUUUCUCCGACGAAUCCGCGCUUGGUACUCGUACAAGCCAAGACGGACGUCGCGAAGAAGUCUCGCCAAUGACGAACGAUGUCGAGGUGAUUCUGAACCAGCGUAAAUCAAUUGAGAAAGAUUCAUCCGCGUCUCCGACUAGGCUUAAGCCCAACGCCGUCGGUUCAACAAGCAUGCGCUGCCUGGCGGAAUCUACGCUCGUGUCAUUUUUGCUGGUAUUGUGCGUAUGUGCCAGUAACUGCUGCAGGUGAUUAGGCCCAUUGUGCCUGACAUGAAGUCACAGUUUUAUUUUCCUUUGAGCCGUGUGCUUUGCAGCUCUGAUGACCCAUUUUUAGACAGUAUCGAAGCUGUCCGAGAGGAAGAACUAGAAGGGAGGCAGAUGGAGUCACGGAGUAACUGGCGUUCAAGUUUUAAUAUCACUGUUUCUGUGUUCCCGAAAUUGUACAUAACUGAGAGAAGAAAAACAAACGUUUCAAGUAAGUAAUGUUUAGCAUCGGAUUCGUCAGCUUUCCUUUCACGUAACUGUUGAAGCAUCCAGUACCAGCUUGGAACCCUUGGAAACGUGUAUGCAUACUCAAGAUUUAGACAUGUUAUUUUCCCUCGAUACUGAUGAUUCGUAACUUGUCUUUCCACUUGGGGUCAAGUGAGAAGUCAGAUAGUUAAUGUACUUGUCCGAGUAUCUGCAGUGUAUUUACUGGCGCAUUGAAGGUCUCUGUUCAAGGACGCUGGCCCGUAACGGCUCAUGCUGGUGGGAAGGCGCGUUAUAAGAUGCCUGCGCCCUGUCUUGGGCGAAGGGGUUCGAUCACGUGCGUGGUGUUUUUUCAUCAAAGCACCCUCCGCAGUGAAUUCGGUGGCAUGUGUAUCGAUGUCUGAGCGCUUCUGGAACGCCGCUGCCGUAUGCGCACAAAUAAACGAUUUAGUUCAGUGCUGUGUGGCCCCAUCAAAAUUCCCGCUCCCACUUGUAUCGUGUGCCGCUAUAUGGAAGAUACUCGCAUUGUGUUGUCCUGUGCUUUCUAUUUUUUUUUAUUUAUUU